AGUAAUGAAAGUAGUACAAAGCAAGCACAAGCGGUGAAAAAUUCGAAGGGUAAAUCAAGGCCAGAAAAGAACAGGAGUUCCCAUUUGAUUUCUGAUCAAAAUCGAACCAUCGCUGGGAAAUUCAAAUUCAUGGCGUCAUUUGGAUCUAUUAAGCAAGCAAUUUUCGAGAAACAAGCACGAAAGCAGCAGUAUCAGGACCAUAUACGAGGGCUCAACGCAUUCGAUCGCCACAAGAAAUUUUUGAAUGAUUACGUUGCUUAUUAUGGAAAAGAGAAAUCGGCUCAAAAAAUAUUGCCUGUUAAAACUGACCAAGACACCAUUAGAGAAGGAUAUCGGUUCAUAAUGACUGAGGAAGAUGACAUGAAUCCUUCUUGGGAACACAAGCUAGUGAAGCGUUACUAUGACAAGCUCUUCAAGGAAUACUGCAUAGCUGACAUGUCCCAUUACAAGACUGGCAAGAUUGGCCUUAGAUGGAGGAUUGAAAAGGAAGUAAUAUCUGGUAAAGGACAGUUUGUUUGUGGUAAUAAGCACUGCGACCAAGAAGAUGGUUUGUCAAGCUAUGAGGUGAACUUUUCCUAUUUUGAAGCUGGGGAAAACAAACAAGCUCUAGUGAAGUUAGUAGCGUGUGAGAGAUGUGCAGAGAAGCUUUAUUAUAAGAAACAAAAGGAGAAGGAACAAUUGAAGCGAAAAGAGAGUGAAAAACACCAAAGAAAAAGGGAUCGGUCUGAGAGUGAUGAUGACACAAGUAUCAACCAUGGCAAAAGCAAAGAGAGGAGAAAAGGAGGCAAGGCUUUAACUUCCGACAGUGAUCACAAGCCUGAUGAUGACGAUGAAAACUUCGAUGAAUAUCUUUCGGGGAUGUUUCCUUGAAGAUUACUAGCGUUUGCAUCGGAAGCAAGCAUACACUGAGUGAGUUAAGACGGAGUCGAACUUGGUAUGUUAUUUGCUUUUGAGUUGUAUCUGUCAAAAGUUUUAGUGAUUUAGGUCAUGCUCUUCUUCCAACUGGGAAAUAUUGCUUCUUAUAAAUUGGUUUGGAAUAGUAGUGAAUGAUUGUUGUUGCCAUUGUAGCACUUAUGGUCAUGGCUGCUAUACAUUCUUUACCCA